AUGGCUGCUGGUAUCGAUAUGGGAGUCUAAGCAGCUAGAGGACGUCCCUUUUUUUUUCUUUCCCGUCGGUGUGCGUGUGUGUGUGUGGUCUAGUUGUGCAAUGCAACUUUAGCAAUAUCUUGUAAAUACGUAGUUCUUCCUCGCGGUUAAUUUAUGUUUCCUGGUGUCGUAAUAACCCUACUAGUAUAACCAUUUCUUUCUACAGUACAAUCGAGCCCCCAGCCAUUCGUUACGAGACGAAUAUCGAUCAUUUACGAAUUAAGUACAAUACCCCUGUCCGCAAGUCCGGUAGUUGCCCUUGCAGUUUAGUCUGCUAUAGCUUCUCUCUGAAUGCUAGAUUCGCGCCCCCUGACGUAUUUGUAGUAAGAGACGCUACUAUUUUCCUAUGGUGAGGUGACACCAUGCAAUAUGAUCUGAACGUUCCUGCGCGGAUCUACCAGGCUGCAAGGUUUCAGAGAGGGGAUGACCGAUAAUGUCUUACAAUGAAUUGGAGCAAGGUUAUCUGGGCCUGACAAGUCAACCGUUGUUCUACAUUGGGGAUGACUGUAGUUAUAUUAAUUGGAACAAAAUAGAAAAGGAUACCGAUCACGCAGAUUCGGAAGAUGAAGGUCUUGCUCAAGGGAAGCAAGUCCUUGUUGGCAUUUGUGCCAUGGCCAAGAAAUCUCAGUCCAAACCGAUGAAAGAGAUUCUCACGAGGCUUGAAGAAUUUGAGUACAUCAAAACUGUCGUCUUUCCUGAGGAAGUCAUCUUAAAUGAACCAGUUGAAGAGUGGCCUUUAUGCGACUGCCUCGUGUCUUUCCAUUCCAAAGGGUUUCCCCUGAACAAGGCCAUCGAAUAUGCCGAGCUCAGAAAUCCUUUUAUUGUCAACGAUCUCUUCAUGCAAUAUGACAUCCAAGACAGGAGGAAAGUGUACAGCAUUCUUGAGGAUGCUGGCAUUGAACUGCCGAGGUACGCUGUCCUCGACAGAGAAUCAACAGACGAAAAACAACGGGAACUUGUCGAGGGUGAAGACCAUGUUGAAGUGAAUGGUGUGACAUUCAACAAGCCCUUUGUGGAAAAGCCCAUUUCAGCUGAGGAUCACAACAUCUACAUUUACUAUCCAACAAGUGCAGGAGGUGGCAGCCAGCGCCUAUUCCGCAAGAUUGGUAGCAGGAGCAGCGUCUACUCCCCGGAGAGUAGAGUGAGAAAGACAGGAUCGUUCAUCUAUGAAGAGUUCAUGCCCACCGAUGGCACCGACGUAAAGGUGUACACAGUGGGGCCAGACUAUGCUCACGCAGAGGCCCGAAAAUCCCCUGCGCUGGAUGGGAAAGUGGAGCGUGACAAGGAAGGCAAAGAAGUGCGCUACCCUGUCAUCUUGACCAACACUGAGAAGCUGAUUGCUCGCAAGGUCUGCCUGGCCUUUAAGCAAACUGUCUGUGGCUUUGACCUGCUGAGGGCCAACGGCAAGUCGUAUGUGUGCGACGUGAAUGGGUUCAGCUUUGUGAAGAACUCUAUGAAGUACUACGACGACUGUGCCAAGAUCUUGGGCAACAUGAUUCUGCGGGAGCUGGCCCCACAGCUCCACAUCCCCUGGUCCAUGCCUUUCCAGCUGGACGAUCCUCCAAUCGUGCCCACUACCUUCGGGAAAAUGAUGGAACUCAGAUGUGUCAUCGCUGUCAUUCGCCACGGGGAUCGCACACCUAAACAAAAGAUGAAAAUGGAGGUGAAGCACCCAAAGUUCUUUGAGCUUUUCGAGCAUUAUGGAGGUUUCAAGGAUGGCCACAUCAAAUUGAAGAAACCAAAGCAGCUGCAGGAAAUAUUAGACAUAUCACGCUUCCUUCUGAGUGAAAUUGAGCACAAGUCUGAUCCUGAAGUUGAAGAAAACAAAGUCAAGCUGGAGCAACUGAAAUCUGUUCUUGAAAUGUAUGGACAUUUUUCUGGCAUCAACCGCAAGGUGCAGCUGAAAUACCAGCCGAAAGGGAGGCCGCGGCAUUCGAGCAGUGAUGAAGACUACCCUAGGGAGCCCUCACUGGUACUCAUCCUGAAGUGGGGGGGUGAGCUGACGCCAGCAGGCCGCGUGCAGGCAGAAGAACUGGGCCGAGUCUUCAGAUGUAUGUACCCAGGUGGACAAGUGGAAUGCCAUCAACCAUUCUCAACGGCUUCAAUCGAAGAAACGAGUGAAUAUGCUGGCACUCGAGGACUGGGAUUGCUGCGGCUCCACAGCACCUACCGCCAUGACCUCAAGAUAUACGCCUCAGACGAGGGCAGAGUGCAAAUGACGGCUGCAGCUUUUGCCAAGGGUCUUCUGGCUUUGGAAGGUGAACUGACGCCGAUUCUUGUCCAAAUGGUCAAGUCGGCAAACACGAAUGGGCUACUGGACAACGACUGUGACUCCAGCAAGUAUCAAAACAUUCAUUACAGGGUGAAACAGAGACUGCAUGAAGCAUUCCAGGUGGACCAUGACUUCACGGAAGAGGACUUUGAAAAGCUCAACCCCACACAUGCACGAUCCAUUCAGAAUGCUCUGCAGUUCAUCAAAAAUCCCGUCAAGGCAUGUCAGCACGUGUAUGAGAUCAUACAGGACCUGAUCAAGCAGAUCAAAUGCCGAAAGGAUGAAAGCAAGACCCACGUUCCCCUGUACCACGGGGAGACCUGGGAGCUGAUGCUACGACGCUGGGCCAAGCUGGAAAAGGACUUCAAGCUGAAGAACGGCAAGUUUGACAUCAGCAAGAUUCCCGAUGUCUACGACUGCAUCAAGUACGACCUGCAGCACAACCAGCAUACACUGCAGUUUGUGCACGCAGAAGAGCUCUACCUGUAUGCCAAGGCUCUGGCCGAUGUUGUCAUACCCCAGGAGUAUGGUCUGACUCUCCAAGAAAAGCUUACAAUUGGUCUGGGCAUUUGCACACCUCUGCUGAAGAAGAUCCGAGCAGAUCUGCACCGAAACAUAGACCCCGCAGCGGACGAGACUGAAAGUGUGAAUCGACUCAAUCCACAGUACUCGCAUGGGGUCUCUUCGCCUGGUCGACAUGUCCGCACAAGGCUGUACUUCACUAGUGAAAGCCACAUCCAUUCUUUGCUGACUGUGCUCAGAUAUGGAGGUCUGCUAGAUGAGACCAAGGAUGAACAGUGGCGCAGAGCCAUGGAAUACGUGAAUGCAGUCACAGAACUGAACUACAUGACACAGAUUGUGAUUAUGCUGUAUGAGGAUCCCACGAAGGACCAGCACUCAGAAGAGCGCUUCCAUGUGGAGCUUCACUUCAGCCCUGGUGUUGUCUGCUGUGUCCAGAAGAACCUGCCGCCAGGUCCUGGUUUCCGACCGCAAAGUCGCAGUGGACCGAGAGAAAAGUCAUCGGAAAAGGGUAUACUCGGAGCAGCGUCUCAUGAAGCAGGAGAAAAACCUGGCUGCAUUGAAGAGGAAGAAGAUGAACUUACAUUUGAUGAUGAGGGAAGGUACGAGGAAGUAUGGUCAGAUCAUGAAUCUCCUACUAUUCUGGAUGAUGGCAGUUCAAAGGAAGCAGCGUCUACAUCAAGAACUUCUGCUUCAUUGGUGCCCCUGUUUCUUUCAUCGCAGCCAAUACCAAUUGGAAAAGUUCUGCAGUGCACGGCCAUGGAAGUGCACACUAAAGCUGUCACCACCGCACCCAAACCUGCAGCUACCCAUACUGUUGUCCUCAUGAAAGCACCUGGAGAUGAGCAUCUGAAGCUAUACCCAAUUGUGCGAUGUAACUCGGACAGCCAACGACCGAGGAGUUUGGACAGCGAUACCGCAGAGCCUCCAAAGGUAGACAAAGAGCGCCUCUUCUGCAACGACGACACACUAGUGCAUGUCCGGGGCUUUCUUUCCUCUUCUGUUCAUCACUGCUUCGUUUCUGGACACUUGGUGAGAGGGCAAUUGAGCUCCUAUCUGAGGAUUUGCAGUGUUGCUGACCUCCCUAAGGUCUUUGGUUCAUCUGGGAGCCUGUUUAGUACGGCAGUGAUCAGUGGUUCUUCCAGCGCUCCAGACUUGAAAAAUCUUUUUCCUACUGCUGUUGCUGAUGGCAUAGUGAGCGUGCCAUCAAUCCGGCCCUUGGAAACGCUGCACAACGCGCUGUCCCUGCAUCAGUUGGACCAGUUUCUGGGCAAGGUGACUAGUGCAACGUACAGGCUGCUCCUGAGCUCUGUUCCCAAGGUGCCCAUUCCCGGAUCCACAUAUAGCAACAGCCAGUUCUCAGCCCUUCCUGUUGCAUCACCUUCAAGCAGGGAUCCUGGGGUGUUUUCAGGUAUGAUAUGGAGUGGACCACCAUCGUUCGUGUCUAGCAGUGGGCCAUCGACGCCGACGUCGUCGACCCUAGACAUCUGGAUGAAACUGCGCCAGAUGAAUGAGAACGAGUCCAGUGCAGCUGAGUCAUCAGGCACGACUAGCAGGAAUAGCUACAGCACGCCACCUUCACCACACGACCCACGAUACUACAAUAACAGUCUCUGAAUCCCUCCCUUCCCUCUUUGUCUCACCGUACAGUGGUUGACACGGCCCUGUAAAUAAUCAAGGGGAAAAAAAAAUGUCCUAUUUUUUGUAAGUGCAGGAUUGCUAUAAUGUACCAUAAGUGCUGCCUCGACCCACUGAAAGCACCUUUCUUCUCAUUUGAUUGUUUCACUCAGUUUGACGAAUAAAUAGUUGUACAGAAGCAGUA